UAUACAGAGGCCAAAAAGCAAUGCUGGUACUUCGAAGGAGUGUAUCCCAUAUAUUAUUUAUGCCGUUCCUACGAAGACUGCUGUGGCUCAAGGUGCUGUGUAAGGACUCUGUCUAUUCAGCGACUAUGGUACUUUUGGUUCCUUCUGAUGAUGGGAGUUUUAUUCUGUUGCGGGGCGGGUUUUUUCAUCCGAAGGCGGAUGUAUCCUCCACCGCUGGUUGACGAAACGACUUACAACGUAUCGUACACCCGGCCACCUAACAGCAAUGCUGCAGGAGGGAUGCCCUACUACGCCGAGCCAGAAGGAGCGGUGAUGAACCCCAUGGCUAUGGCCUACCACGUCCAGCCGAAGUCCCCGCAAGUGAACCCCCUUUACCCGCCUCCCCCGUCAUACUGCAACACGCCGCCCCCGCCGUAUGAGCAGGCUGUGAAAACUUCCACAUAACCCCUCUGCUGCAGCAGAAGCUGAUUUUGUCAGAACAGGGCGGGAUUGGGAGCAAGGGAAGAUUCCUGAAUACUCCGGCCUCCUUUGGCUGCCUCCAGCUUGGCAUUCUUUGGACAGGAGCUGCGGCUUUGCGGCAAAGAGCAAUUCUCUUCCAAACGCCUUCAGAACCAGAGCCAAGUCUUUUCAAAUGCUUCCCCCCCUCCCUUCUCGGAAACCUAUAUUUAAAUACCUUUUAUGCUUUCCUUUUUAUUUAUUCUCUUUGUGGAUCCCAAGGCGUAUUUUAAGACGUCGUCAUGGCGCGGUAUGGUAGUAAGCACAAAAUGAUGUAAAAGCCAAAUGUAGUGUCUGAAAUAGAUGGCGAGGUGGAGAGGGAGCGAGCGAGGGAUGGACAGCUCGAACCAGUUGAAACUGGUCACGCAACAAGCUGUAUUUGUUACCAAAUUCUUAAGAAGUGAUUGGAUGGAGCAAACCCUGAGGAACUCUGGGGGAAAUGACAGAUUGACCAAGGCUUCCACGUUUCACUCGCAGAAACCUUGGGAGGAACUCCAGCCCACGUUUCUUUUUUGGACAUAGCUGCCAAGAAUAAGUACAUAUACAAGUACUGUGAAUGAUGUGGAUGUCAUACCAAGCUGUUGACAUGCAUGGCAGAGGAAAAGCUUCAAGACCGACAGUGAUGCUGCCAUGCAGAGCCGCAAAACUUUGGUCGCCCAGGGGGAAAAAAAUCUCUUUCCUAAAGGGAAUAUUUAAUGAAAUGAAAAUACAGUAAAAUGUAGGUUGUGCUGUUGAUGUGGGGCCCCUUUGCUCAUGGCUUAGGUGUAUGCUUAAGUUCCCCCCCCCCAAUGUAUACUUAAGAUAUAAAAUAGAGACUGUGACCAGAAAUGUCACAGGACGGUUGGCUAAAGCUUCCACUUGAGUGUCUACUGGAUGCCUGUAACUGGGAUUGUCUUGCUGUAAUGUGUGAAACCUUCAGUUUGGUUUGGAUGUUUUCGUAUUCCUUCUGCACGUUCUUUUCAGGCUUUCGCUUUCUGGCAUCGCUUUCAAAAUCCCGUCGAAGUUAAUUUCCGCCCAUCUUUGUCAUUUCCUCAAAUGGAAGUCCUUCAUAUUGGGAAGUGAUCCACUGUCCUCCAGGACGGGACAAAUCUUGGGCCAGGGAGUGUAUGUUGAGGAAAUGACGACUUGUGUGGAAAACGUCAGGAACAAGUCCCCUCAUGAAUAGAUUCAGCUGGGUCCCCUCUUGGGAAGAUAGCUUGCAUUUAUUGUAUGUUUUAGGAUGUUACCCACCCUGAGCACGCUUGCGGGAUGGGUGGGCUAUAAAUACAAAUAAUAAAUAAUAAUAAUAAAUAGAUUCAGGUGGGUCCCCUCAUGAUCACUUUGCCCCUCAAAACUGGGCAUGAGAAGAGCACCCGCCAUUGCUCUCUCAUCUUUUCUCUUCUCGCUCUGACCAUUUUGUCCAUUCUCCGUUAUUGCUGGUCAGGAGAGCAGGAAUUACCUGUGACUGGCAAAAGAGGGAAACAGGAGAAGACAAAACAUCUGAAGGAGAAAGCAGGGAGAGAAGUUACUUCCGGCCUUGUCUCCCCUUUCAGCUCUAGACUGAAGGAUAAAGGGGGAAUCCCUGUUUUGUAUUUUGCUAAAUGGGGCAUUUGAAAGACCAGUUUCCCCAGAUUGUGGUAUCUUACUGCCGUUAUCGAGUAUGUUGAAAGCACUAUUGAGAAGCGGGCUCUGAUCUGAACAUGUACAAAAGUUGGAACGGACGUGUAUUAAUCCCAGUAUUGCCGAAAACACAAACAAAUAUUAUCUCCCAAGUGUAAGGCGGGGCAGGCAACCCCAGCAUUUAGCUCAGGAGCAUCAGCCUUUGGCUGGGCAUGGGAGAUGAAGACCGUAGGACAGCAACUGCACAUUCACAGAAACCCAUUUUGGUCAUUCUCUCCCCCACCCCCCUUGCACUGGGGAAAAGCACCCACGGGGGCGGGGGGGGGAUCUCACCAAGGGGGGUGCUGGUAAGAAGGCCAAGCUCACCAUUUUGACUAGCAGCAACCCAGUUAGCAACAAAUCCGAAGGAAGAGGACCGAGCUGAACCAACAUCUCUCACACCCAUUGGAGCAGCUCUCUAACCAACCAGCCAUAUACGUACCUGGGGAGGGAGGAGUGCAGAGAAAGGCAGAGCAGAGUGGGAAGGUGGAGGUCUGGCCUUCCAGUGGUCACCAGUUCAAAUCCCACGUGGGGCUAGAUACAGGAUAUGGAAGGAAACCCGAGCUCCCUCCAGAGCUUAGUGGAGGGCUUGCACCAUCAAACACAAACCCUUGCAAUGGGCUGCUAAUGCUCAUUGGCUGUCCCACAAGCCAAUCAUUUUGCUUGGCAAUUUCCCAUCCACCAUCCCUCUGCUGUAUUGGGGGGGGGGGCUCAUUACCACCACCUUCUCCUGUUCACCCCAGCAUCCCUUGCGCUUCAUCCUUUUCUCACCCCAGUGUAGGGCUUAGUAUCCUAAGCCGUUCAGAGGAUGUUCAUCAUAUGCUGGUGUUGCCAGUGCUGUGAUAUUCAUAGCUCAGAUGCAAAAGACAUACUAUCAUCUAUCCUUCUUUAAUUUUGUGAAUGCGUGUAGUAACUGGUAAAGCUGAUUCCUUGUCAUGGUACAUACUGAUAAUAUCCCAACUGGACAUCUGAGUAGACAUCCAGUUUGUAUAUCCUUGGUGUAUCUCUUGGACCGAGAUUCUGGAUCUAUGACUGUUCUGGUGGAGCUGAUGUUUUUAGCUUUUGUAAUCUUUGUAUCCUAGCUGGGCCAUUAACUAUGUAACUGAA